AUGGAUCAUCUUGGCUGCCUUAAGUACCCAAAAAGUGCACUUCUCGGCCCUGGUCCAUCCCAUAUAUCCACGCUUAGACGUAUGCCGCGUCGGUUCACCGAGGCGCCAGCGCAGGCACGUUGGGGUACGUCGUCACGCCCUUCAACUGACUCAACGCUUUCCACUGCACGCUCUCGCCUGUCUGCUCUACUCACUAGUCCUGUGUGGGUGCGUGCGUGCGUGUGCGUACGUGCCUGUCUGUCUAUCUACUUGUGCACCUGCUGCUUCGUCCUGCCUUGUGAUGCCUGUGCGUGCGUGCGUGGUACUGAGCUUGUGCGUGAGGGGUAUGCUCGCAUGGUCUCUACCCAGGCCGCAUCGGCCAAAUCGGAUAUGGUAGACGUGUUUGACAGCCUGUUGUGUCUUUUUCUGUGGUUGGAAGAGCUGGCGGCGAAGCUGAAUGCCAGACCUCAAUUGCCCUUUCGUGGAGGCGCUCGCCGAUGCGGUACUUCACCCAUGAUGGCGACAGAGCACACGUCCAUCGCCUCGGGUGACACUACUCCUGGUUCUUUAUCGCCUGGGUCGUUUUCGACCGUGGGUCGUAGAAGUCAAGAAGGCAGUGGUGUUCCGAUUCAGGACUCCUACAUGGAAGGCGCAAGGCUUCGAAUCCGCCUUAAUCGACAGCGUAAACAUCGACCACGCGCAAGUCAACUCGAUACCGGUGAUUCCAUCGGUUCCCUAGCCGCUACUUCUCCUCUCAAUUGCAUUGGCGAAGAGGACGGAGGUAGCUCGCCUCCGCCGCUGCUGGUUUCUCCAAAGCCCAGAACUUCUGUCAAAAUUUCUUCCUCGGAAUGUGAAAGUAGUGCGGAGGAGGUGUCACAUAGCCCACGAUCCUCCUCGUCUAUCAAUAGUGAUAUUUCUUCCGACGUCUCCGACUCAAAAAUGAAACUGCUUUCUCAGGAAAGUCAUGAUAGCUUCACUGCUGAAAGAAUCCGUUUUAAUGACGACGAUCAGGAAGGUUCUGGAGAAAUGAAGGAAGUCAGUCCUUCAAAGCCGUUACAGCAAGGUGAGACAUUUCAUCAUGAGACGUCACGUCAGAAUAUGUCGUCCCAAGGUGAUGAAGAGAAGGACCAAGAACACACCUGGUUGUCAAUUAGUGAUGAGGCUCCUCACAAUCGUGCGUUCGAAGUCAAUGAGCAGGUAAAAGAAUUAUCCCACAAGGUUUCUAAUCGGCCGAUAUCUAUGCCUGUGGAGUUUUCAACAGCGUCAACCGCUACUCCUAUUCGGACCCCCAUUGUCACGCAAAAGGUGACCCCUCCCCCCUCGAGACUAGUGGAAGUGGAAGAUGGUAGUGGGAAGGCGCCUCGAUUGUCACCAACGUUGGGAGUGAACCUUCGUACUCGCAUUGAGUCACAAAAAUCAAAAAUUGCGCCUUUGGAUGAAUCUGAGCCUUAUCCAGCUGUGCGUUUGCGACCCACACCUCAAAAGAAUGCUACACCUCAAAGUGAUAAAGGCAGGACCAAAUUCGCCAGCGCGGUCAUUGAGCGCGACGCAAACCGACACUCCCGGGUGUGCGAACUUGUCAAAAUCUUCCAGCAAGGAAGGACCACGUGA